GGUUAGUUGCGUCCGUUUUGUACGUCAAUUUGGAUAGGGUGUUCUGCUUCGAUCUUCAGAGGUUGUCUUCUUCCUCAACAUCGUUUGUGGUGGAACUACGGACCCAACCGCUGCUGGCACACCCACGCUAACCAUGUCUGUUCAACAGCCAUCCGCAGCCCCACCGUUGAACAUCACUAUGGUGGCUGUUGACAAAGACAAGAACAGUGCCCAUGCCUUCCGUUGGGCCGUUAACCACCUCGACAACCCCGUCAUCAUCGCCGUCCAUGUCAAACACAAAAACUUUUCUCAUCAUGUCACCAACGUUUUUCCACCCGACGAGGAGGAUGUCGCCACUAUUUUCAACAACUUACGUGGAAUGUGUACUCGCAAAGCUGUCACCAUGAAAGAGGCUGUAAUCGAUGAUAAUGAUGUUGUCAGAGGACUUAUGGAUUUUGUAAACAGGAAUGUCAUUCAUAGUAUCGUCCUCGGUGCAUCCAUCAAAAGCCCCUUGGCAAGUCUCAAAAAAUUUAAAGCCUACCAGUAUCAGGAUAUACCAACAGCCAUGAUCAAAUCAGCCCCAGAUUACUGCUCUGUGUACAUAAUUUCCAAAUUGAAGAUUGUGUCAGCUCGAUCAGCUGUACGACCGAUUGCAAAAGGUUUUUUCCCUGCACCGAAACAACUUCCUGCGCAGGCAAUUCCAUCUAGUGAAUCAGAAUGUGAUGGACCAUUAAGGGGACAACCACCUAGAAGUAGGAACACUUACGAGGCACAAGGACCAGUGAGAAUGCAGCCACGUGAGAGACCAAGGAGUGCGGGAAGUAGUAUGUCAAUAGACAACAUUGAUAUAAACACUCGUCCACGACAUUGGUCAAUGGAUGCAAGAGAAAUUACAGGGCUUGGGCAAUUAGAUGUGACUAAACAAGAUCCUGAUGUAUCAGAUACCCUUGGGACAUCAUCAGCUCCCCAAUCCUCAAAAGAUAUUGAAGCCGAGAUGAAAAGAUUGAAACUAGAACUGAAGCAAACCAUGGACAUGUACAGCUCAGCAUGCAAGCAAGCAAUCUCAGCCAAAAACCAGGCAGAACAGAUUCGUCAAUGGAAAGUGGAAGAGGAACGUAAGGUUGAGGUAGUUAGGUUGUCUCAAGAGGCAGCACUUGCACUGGCAGAAAAGGAGAAGGCUAAAGCCAAAGCUGCAAUAGAAGCAGCUGAGGAAGCCAGGAAGUGGGCUGAAAAGGAAGCACAGAGAAGAUUGGAUGCAGAGAUGCAGGCCAGGAGAGAGGCAGAAGAGAAGGAUCGAGCAUUAUGUGCAUUGGUUCAAAAUGAUAAACGCUAUAGAAAAUACACCAUAGAGGAGAUUGAAACAGCCACACAAAAUUUCUCCUCAGCAAACAAAAUAGGUGAAGGUGGAUAUGGACCUGUGUAUAAAGGCCAUCUCGAUCACACCCCAGUUGCAAUCAAAAUUUUAAGGCCUGACGCUUCUCAGGGCAUGAAGCAGUUCCAGCAAGAGGUUGAGGUACUGAGCUGCAUUAGACAUCCUAAUAUGGUCCUCCUCCUUGGUGCAUGUCCUGAGCAUGGGUGUUUGGUGUAUGAAUACUUGGACAAUGGUAGCUUAGAAGACAGAUUAUUCCGGAAAAACAACAGCAAACCUAUAUCAUGGAAGCAACGGUUCCAAAUAUCUGCUGAGAUUGCAACUGCACUCCUCUUCCUUCACCAAAACAAGCCAGAGCCUAUUGUUCACCGAGACCUUAAACCCUCCAACAUCCUCUUGGACAGGAACUACGUGAGUAAAAUCAGUGAUGUUGGUCUGGCACGGUUAGUCCCUGCUUCUGUGGCAGAUACCGUGACACAAUACUACAUGACUUCAGCUGCUGGAACCUUUUGUUACAUUGAUCCUGAGUACCAACAAACGGGGAUUCUAACACCAAAAUCAGAUGUAUAUUCACUUGGAAUAAUGUUGCUGCAGAUAAUCACAGCCAAGCCUCCGAUGGGUCUUACUCACCAAGUCAAGAAGGCAAUUGAGAAGGGCAAGUUUGAAGAAGUGCUUGACCCUGUGGUCACUGAUUGGCCAGUUGAAGAUGCUCUAUCAUUUGCCAAAUUAGCAUUGCAAUGUGCAGAACUCAGCAAGAAGGACAGGCCAAAUCUUGCAACAGUUUUGUUGCCAGAGCUUAACAGGCUAAGCGAACUUGGAUGCUUUUACAGUAAUCAAAUUUUGUUUAGAAGUGAUGAAAUGAGCAAUAGCUAUGCUUCACGCCCUCCCACACCUCCACGAAGUCAAUACUCAGACAAGGAGACAUACUAUAGGACCUAGGUUCGUAUAUUGACUAA